AUGGUAGAAAUCUCUAUAGUGGAAAUGGAAAAACUUCGUGAUGAAGUUAAUGUCUUUCUCAAGGAAGAUAACGGAUCCCCUUAUCUUAAAAUGGCAUAUGAGGAAGUCUUAUUUCUGGUAGUAUUUACUGGAAAGAAAAAAUACUAUGGUAUCCCACAUGAAAGCAAGCCGAACUUUAAUAAAAAGCCUUUUAUUCGGGGGGUUGAGAUUGUGAAACGAGGUCAAUCUACUCUUUUUCGCAAAAUAGAAAAACGUAUUAUAGAUGAAUCUUUAAAGGUGAAUAAGAUACGUACCUUAUAUCAAAUCAUAGAGAAUGUUCUUAAGGAAUCU